AUGGCGACCGGUUACCCGAUAGUCCUCCCAGGGGAGACAAUUGACCCCUCGCUAAUCCCCUCGCAUCCCAAGAACCCCCUCCGCCUCGGCCCCGGCCUCCGACACAUCCCCCCCACCGACAUCGUGCCCACAGUAGCCGGGCAGCUCAUAACCAAUCCAGCCAAAAACUCCAUGUGGAUAGAAUACAACUCCAACCGCGUAGGCGUUGACAUCUUCUUCGAGGAGCGCGCUCGGUGA